AUGGCUGUCGACUUUGGCCUGGCGUUCAGGGCCCCGGAGAUCAACCCCAUCACCUACAAGGCCCGUUCGAUUCCUUUCUUGAACCCAAUCAAUAUCUACGGCCGGGUCUUCUUCUUCUCUUGGUUUGGCUUCUUUUUGGCAUUCCUCUCGUGGUACGCCUUUCCCCCAUUGUUACACGAUACCAUCCAGAAAGACCUGAAGUUGACCAAGGUCGAUGUGGCCAAUUCGAACAUCAUUGCCCUCUGCGCAACCCUCCUCGUUCGACUUGUUGCUGGUCCAUGUUGCGAUCGAUUCGGACCUCGUCGGACAUUUGCCGGCUGUCUUCUUGUUGGCGCCAUUCCUACUUUCCUAGCCGGAGCUGCCUAUACCAAGGGCCAACUCUUUGCAGUUCGAUUCUUCGUCGGGAUCCUAGGUGGCAGCUUUGUGCCUUGUCAAGUGUGGUCGACAGGCUUUUACGACAAAAAUAUCGUGGGUACGGCAAACGCUUUUACUGCUGGUUUAGGCAAUGCGGGUGGCGGAGUGACCUACUUCGUCAUGCCCAGCAUAUACGAUUCACUGCUGAACCGAGGCUUGACACCUCAUGUCGCCUGGCGUGUGGCGUUUGUUGUUCCUGGCAUUGUGAUUGUCUUCGUCGCAUUGUGUCUCCUUUUGCUUUGCCAAGACACACCUGUUGGCAAAUGGAGCGAUCGGCAGCUUGCUGCCCAAACCCACCUUGCUGCACACGGUGUCCAGGUCGCUAUUGUUGAUCCUCCAAAGGCAGGAGUCACAGACAAGCCUUUAUCCGACAGCAGCCCCCCGCCUCCUUCCUCGCACACGGGCGAGAAGACCCAAGACGAGGCUCCAGGAGACCGCAGAUUGUCCAAAUAUGCCGACCAGGAGGUUCAGAUGACUGAACAACAAAUGCUUGACACGGCACGCGGAGAAAUCAUUGUGAGCCCGACCCCGAGGGAGAUCAUCACGGUUAUGUUCGCACCCCAGACACUUGUGCUUGCCUUCUGCUACUUCUGCACCUUUGGCAGUGAGUUGUCUGUCAACUCCAUUCUCGGCACAUACUAUCAAAAGAACUUCAAGUCCCUUGGACAAACCACGUCUGGACAAUGGGCUGCAAUGUUCGGUCUACUAAACGUUGUCUGUCGCCCUCUGGGUGGCAUCAUAGCCGACCUGCUUUUUGGAAGGUUCUCCAACCUCUGGGUAAAGAAGAUCUGGAUCCAUACACUGGGGGUUAUCACCGGCGUCUUUCUCAUAGUCAUUGGUGUCCUUGACCCUCAUAACACCAGUACCAUGUUUGGGCUCGUCGCUGGUAUGGCCGUCUUCCUUGAAGGGGGAAACGGAGCCAACUUUGCUCUGGUGCCUCACGUCAAUCCCCACGCCAACGGUGUUGUCUCUGGUAUGACUGGGGCAACUGGCAAUUUUGGCGGUAUCAUUUUUUCUAUUGUGUUCCGAUACAACGGCAGCAACUAUGGCAAAUCCUUCUGGAUCAUUGGUGUGAUUACUAUCGCUAUAAAUUUGGGUCUAUGCUGGGUCCGACCCAUUGCGAAGAACCAGAUUGGGGGUCGUUGA